AUGAAGAAUUUGGAAGCCAUUGCUGCUGCAUUGCCAAAUCAGCAAACUGUUGAAUAUCCAAGCUUCAAGCUUGUAAUUGUUGGUGAUGGUGGUACAGGGAAAACCACAUUUGUUAAGAGGCAUCUUACUGGAGAGUUUGAGAAGAAAUAUGAGCCAACCAUUGGUGUGGAAGUUCACCCCUUGGACUUCUUCACUAAUUGUGGCAAACUUAGAUUCUAUUGCUGGGAUACAGCCGGCCAAGAGAAGUUUGGUGGUCUUAGAGAUGGAUACUACAUCCAUGGUAAUUGUGCUAUCAUCAUGUUUGAUGUUACUGCUCGGUUGACAUACAAGAAUGUCCCUACAUGGCAUAGAGAUUUGUGCAGGGUUUGUGAAAACAUUCCUAUUGUGCUUUGCGGAAACAAGGUUGAUGUGAAGAACAGGCAGGUGAAGGCCAAGCAGGUCACCUUCCACCGUAAGAAGAACUUGCAGUACUAUGAAAUUUCGGCGAAGAGCAACUACAAUUUCGAGAAGCCGUUCUUGUACCUUGCCAGAAAGCUUGCUGGGGAUCCCAAUUUGCAUUUUGUUGAGUCUCCAGCCCUGGCUCCCCCAGAAGUUCAAAUUGAUCUGGCAGCACAGGCACAUUACACUCCAUCAGUUUUGUACUUAACCUUUGUUUUUGCUGCUGGUAAUUUCAACAGCCAUGAGGCAGAACUUGCUGCUGCUGCAAGUCAACCACUUCCAGAUGACGAUGAUGAUACAUUCGAGGCAUGCACCCUCUGCUCUCUCAAACGGAAAGAACUAUUAGGAAUCUGCCAAAAGAUGAAGAAUUUGAGCACAAUGACUGCAUUAAUGCACAAGUAA